GUUGUUAUUUUUCGGGUACGGCAACACACAAAACUGCUGCGCGUCCAUGUCAAGUGAGUGGUCUCAUCUGUGUAAUACGAGAUCAAUAUAAAUUAAAAAUGCGGAAUCCUCACAUAAAAGAAUGUUAUUUGUGUUUAAUUCUCGCGUAAUAUAUGAACUACAGACAUUGUGCUAAUCUUUGUCACCAUUGUAACAGUGAAAUUGUGAUUGCUCUCAGACUACUUUGAAUACAUAGCAGCAAAGAGAAAAUGACUGAGCCAUCCUUUAUCUACAAAGUGAAGUGUUGAACCUAAUGUGAAAACUGUAGUGUACAUUAUGUAGAAAGAAGUUAAAAUUAGGAUUGGACAGUGUCGUAUCAGCGUUGUUUGGGCGUAACUGUGUUAUUAUGCGGAAAAGAUGAUGUGGUCGUUUGUGGUGGCGGCGGCCGCGGUGGUGACGGCGCUGAAUGUGCGAGCCGAGCAGGUGCUGCUUCUCGAUACCACCACCGAAGCGACCCUCGGCUGGACGCGCUUCCCUUACGGCGCUCAAGCGAGCACCCCCGGCUGGCUCGAGGAGUCCUACACUAACUUCGAGAAACAGAUCAACUGGCGAUCGUACGUGGUAUGUGACGUCGCGCAUCACAAUGUCAAUAACUGGCUCUGGACGCCAUUCAUCGAACGCAGGAAUGCUAAUCGUAUUUAUAUUGAAAUCAAAUUCACCAUAAGAGAUUGCUCAUUGUUCCCUGGUAAUGCACUGAGCUGCAAAGAGACUUUUAGUUUGCUGUAUUACGAGUUCGACGUCGCCACGCGAGAGCAGCCUCCCUGGGAGCCAGAGAGCUACAAGCUGGUAGGAAGAAUAGCUGCAGGUGAGGGUCGCUUCAAUACUAAUUCUGAAGUUGAUAUCAACACCGAGGUCAAAAGCAUUGCAGUCACUAAAAGGGGCGUCUACUUCGCCUUCAGAGACCAGGGUGCAUGUAUAUCAAUAUUGGCAGUGAAAGUCUACUACAUCACUUGUCCAGAAGUUACAGUUAACUUUGCAAGGUUCCCAGCCACACCAACAGGUCGAGAGGUUACAGUCAUUGAACAGGCAAAUGGUACUUGUGUGGAGAAUGCAGAGACAGCACCAGGUGAGGUUCCUCCAGUUUAUUUAUGCAAAGGUGAUGGCAAGUGGACUUUGCCUAGUGGCUCAUGCAAAUGCCGUGCUGGGUUUGAACCUGAUCUAAACAACCAAGUAUGCAAUGAAUGUGCACCAGGAAAAUUUAAAUCUCACACUGGUGAUGAUCCCUGCAUUACUUGCCCAGAUUAUUCUGAAUCUACUGCUUAUGCCGCUGCUGAGUGUAAAUGUGUACCAGGUUUUUAUAGAGCUAAAAAGGACCCAAAAAAUGUACCAUGCACACAGCCACCUUCAGCACCAGUCAAUCUCACUGUCACAUUUGCUGACCAGUUUUCUAUUUCACUAGCUUGGCAACCUCCACAUAAAACAGGAGGUCGUAAUGAUAUAACUUACAGAGUAUACUGUUCCAACUGUGGGCCCAACAUUGAGUACAGGCCAGCUGCAACUGGCCUAAACAACACCAGAGUUACUGUAAUGGGAUUGGACCCAGUUACUGAGUAUAAAUUCCAAGUCUAUGCUGAAAAUGGGGUGACUGAGCAAACCGGUGAAGAACCUAAGAAAGUUGAAAUAACUGCAGUAACAGAAGCCUCAGUUGUUAGUGUUGUCUCUAAAUUACGCAUCCUGAGUGUAGAAAGUGACAAACUGUCUUUAGCAUGGAACCCACCACCCAUUGAUCUCACUGAUCCUGACGAUACAAUAGAAAGCUAUGAAGUAAAAUGUUUCCCUAAGGAUAAUAUGGAAAAGAGUGCCAAUGCCACCCUAAAAAUCUCUAAAGAACCUCAUGUCAUAAUAACUGGUUUGAAAAGAGAUACUGAGUAUGGUAUUAGAGUAAGAGCAAAAAUGAAGCGUGGUUGGGGUGAGUUCAGUGGUAUAGUCUAUGCACGCACUGGAUCUGUGCUGGAAACAACAUUCGUAGGUGAAGAGGAGGGAGCGCAGGUGCGAUUAGUGGCGGGUGUAAUGGUCGCGGUUGUUGUACUGUCGGUAGUUGCGAUUAUUGCUACUGUACUAUUUCUACGUUCACGAACAGAUGACGAAUGUGACAAAAAGCAACCCAGUGACUGUAAUGCACUUAACUAUCGAAAUGGAGAAGUGUACACCGGACCCGAACGUCCUGCCAAGACUAGCAGUAACGCCACAACACCAUUGUUUGCUGGGACUGGCUCCAGGACUUAUAUUGACCCCCACACUUAUGAAGAUCCUAAUCAGGCAGUCAGGGAAUUUGCACGCGAAAUUGACGCUUCUUGUAUUACAAUAGAAGCAAUUAUUGGCGGCGGCGAAUUUGGAGAUGUUUGCCGAGGUAAACUUAAAUUACCAGCGAGUUGUGGUCAAGAGAUCGACGUUGCCAUUAAGACCCUAAAACCGGGCUCCACAGAACGCGCGCGGCGUGAUUUUCUCGCUGAAGCGUCAAUAAUGGGACAAUUCGAACAUCCAAAUGUUAUUUUCUUACAAGGCGUAGUCACUAAAUGUAAUCCCAUCAUGAUCAUAACAGAGUUUAUGGAGAAUGGCUCUUUAGACACAUUUUUGAGAGCGAAUGAUGGCAAAUUCCGUGUUGUUCAAUUAGUUGGAAUGCUACGUGGCAUCGCGACAGGUAUGCAGUACCUUUCAGAAAUGAAUUAUAUUCAUCGUGAUCUGGCUGCUCGUAACGUGCUUGUAAAUUCUCAACUCGUGUGUAAAAUCGCUGACUUCGGAUUGUCACGAGAAAUUGAGUCGACUGCAGAUGGCGCAUAUACAACGCGUGGCGGAAAAAUCCCCGUGCGAUGGACUGCCCCAGAGGCCAUUGCUUUCAGAAAGUUCACCUCAGCUAGUGACGUAUGGUCUAUGGGCAUAGUGUGCUGGGAAGUUAUGAGCUUUGGUGAACGACCUUAUUGGAACUGGAGUAACCAAGAUGUAAUUAAGUCUAUAGAGAAAGGAUACAGACUUCCCGCUCCAAUGGACUGUCCAGAAGCAGUUUACCAGUUGAUGCUCGACUGUUGGCAGAAAGAGCGUACCCACCGUCCGUCAUUCGCGAGCAUAGUGAAAACUUUAGAUAAGCUGAUCCGCUGUCCUGAUACCUUGAGAAAAAUAGCACAGAAUCGCUCUGCGGAUCCACUAGCGGGUGAUACUCCUGAUAUGAUCCAGUUCUCAUCAGUAGAGGAAUGGUUAGAAUGCAUCAAGAUGUCGCGUUAUAUUGAAAAGUUCCGCGCGGCGGGCAUCCUGGACAUGGAUGCCGUGGUAGACCUGACAGUGCACCAGUUGGCCUCGCUCGGCGUCACGCUCGUCGGCCACCAGAAGAAGAUAAUGAACAGCGUGCAGAGCAUGCGCGCCCAAAUCCGUGGUAGUGGCCCGUAUGGGUUCCUGGUGUAAGUGACAUUGUGCUAGUGUGCGGCUGAUGCCCCGCGUUUGAGUGGAUUUGAUCUCGAAGUGCAACAACAUGCAACAGUGAUCUUAAGUAUAAAAUGAUGCAUUUUGUAUAUUUUUCUAAAAAACUGCCAUAGAGUUUAGUUAUAGGGGUAAAAGGACUUCUUUUCAUAGUGAUGUUAAGGAAAUUAUCUAUGACAGUAUAUUAUGCAGCUGUUUAUAUUUCUUUAUAUUGUUUUUUUUAUUAAACUGUUGUAUUUUUUAGUUAUAAUGCUUGAGUGACAGCUAUUGACUUGCCGGCCUAAUUUAAAGAAACUGACACUUGAGACAGCUUUAUGAAUACCAGUAUAAAAUAUAGUUACUUAUAUACAACGAAAUUAAAAUUUUUGCUUAUUUGUCGAAAACUGAUUUAUCUAUAUCCCACUGGGGUAUUAAUUAGAUAUGAAAAAAUUAAAGAGAAGUUAUAAAGAAUGGUGAUAAAUAAUAAUUUUAGUUAAUUACUAGCUGACAGACAUGACAACAUUACUUGUUUAGACUGAUGUUUGUUUACUUUAUUAUAUUUUAAAUAUUUUUUGUACUUAUACAAUUUGAUACAUUCUCUAUGUGCUUACGAAGCUUAUUUUAAUAAGUUUCUUUACACCAUCAUAGUCAGAAAAGUCAAGGAUUUUUGUAAUUUUAAGAUAUAUCGAAAUUGUAGUUAGCCAAUUUUUCUGUACUCUUUUCGAGGAAUAUUAUCUGUAUAUUCAUGAGAUUUUUAAUGAAAAAAAAGUAUAGAUGUGCUUUAGAGUGUGUUUCAUGUUUUGUUUGAUAGUAUUAACAUUGAGAAUACUUGUGAUGAUAAUUGUGAGCUGUGGGAGUGUGGGUGAGGAGACAUCAAUGUUGAUACUAUUUGUAAUGUACUCGAAGCUUGUUUAUGCUGAACCUCAAAAAUGUGAUUGAACUGAUGUACUUAACUAAUUUAGAAUGCCACAAAAUGCAUUUAAGUUCGUUAAUAUUUACUUAAUCCGUAAUUACAUCGCAUGUACAUAAGGCUGAAUAAUUUAGUGUUAAAUUGCUUUAAAUGUAACUGAAAAUUAUAUAAAUUUUAUAUUUAAUUUUGUGAAUUUCUGUUUGGUGUGGUGUGGGCACAGGAGUUUACUGCUGCAAUGUGUUCAGCACACCUGUCUGUUGUAUGUGGAACACAAUGCUGCAGUGAGCAGCCAGUCGUCCGCGCCCAGCCUUACACUGCCUGUAAAUGUCAACAAUUCUAGUAUUAAUUUUGUUUACUGAACAAACCUGUUCAUAUUAUUGUACCUAUUGAGAAAUGCCAAUAUAGUUUUAAGUGCUUGCUUCCCCGCUUGUGAUGUUACAAAGCGAAUGUAUAAAUGUUUGAACGCUUCGCGUCUUUCACAUGAGCUGAGCGGUUAUCUGAGCGACAGACGCACCACCUACCGUCUGCACCACGAACUAUAUUAUCAGUGAUUUUAUAUUUAGUUUAUAAUCAUUUAUUCGUAAUUUAAGACUUUAAGUUGAUAUUCUAUACAAACAUAAUGUUAUGUGGUGGCAGUAGUUGGCUAGUUGGUCAAUUCUCAUUGAUGGUCAUCAAAAUUGCUCAAUUAUCCAUUUCAUCUUGUACAUUCGACAAUCACAGAUUUUUGUAGCAAACUUAUUAAAUACCUAGUAAGUAUUAAAACUCAAACUGUAAAUUUUCACUUUUGAUAUGUUGCUAAUGUUUAUAGAGUUCUGCCUUGUUUAACUUUUUGCCUAAGCGAUUUGCGAGCUGGGUUUCUACUUAUUUACUACUAGCUUCUGCGCGCGGCUUCACCCGCGUUCCCGUGGGAUAAAAUAUAGCCUGUGUGUUUUGGUCUGAAAUAACACAUGGCACACAAAUUUCAUCCCUAGUCGUUUUUAUGUAAUUGAGUAACAAAAAAAAUACACACAACCUUUCGCUUUUAUAAUAUAAAAUAAUAUUAGUAAGAAGUAAGAUAGGACAGUAUUUAAUAUCCGAAUCGAUACCAACUAACUACGUUUUUAUUGCUUUACUGAUAAACAACUUGACAUUGUUAAGUUUUGCACAACUGUGGCAAAUAAAAACCAGACGAAAAUAAUCUUCGCUUGCUACAAUUUGGUGUAAUUACGCAGUCGCCGUUGUCAUUGGCAGAUUGACUCAAAAAUGCAUCGGGUUUAGGACCGAGUGGCUGCACAUUAUGUAUGCAAAUUAUCUGCGGCUUAAGUUUAAUAACAUAUUUUUAAAAAGAGUCGUGCGGUUGAGGUCAGGUAGUCGAACCUGUUUCGUUUGUGUAAGCAUCGCGUGCUUGAUCCUAAAUAGCGUUUUUCCGGCGGUCGCUAGUGUUCCAUACAGCGGCAGCGUCUGUUUAUCUCACAAUUUUAUGACUUACACUGAAAUGUUUCGAUUCGACUCUCUUGUUUAUUUUACUUUCUUUGUCUGAUACGGGUAAUAUAAAAUGGUUUUACUACAUAUUUUCUUUGCCUUUUAACUUCUAGCAGAGAUUUAACAUGGCUACAAAAAGCUUGUAGAAUGUGUUAUGUAAGCACCUACAUAAGGGAUCGCGACUGUGGAUCGGUAUUCGAAUAUGUAAUGGUGCAUCACAUGCCGAAUGCCGUCCCCUUCCAUCCUAGGUACAUUGAUAGUAAUGCAAAUGCCAUAAUUUACUAAUUGACCCUCGUAAUUUUAACAAACGUUAACGCAUAGAAUUGAUUGCGAUUUCGUCAUUAGCCCACCGUAAACUUGAAUUCGAAUCGUACUUAACAAUCCAAUCCCAAUCAUGAUGAAUCAGUAAUGUAAUAACUAUUUUAUGAGUAUUUAGUACAUAGUUUGAAAACCUAUCUAUUUGAUGCGAGCUCAUCUUAUGUUUAUAAACAUUAUUUUUCUCGAAUAGUUUCUAUAGGGCGUUCACGUAACUUGUUUAGUCUACCACGCCGCCCACACACACACGGGGAUGAUAUUUCAACAGACGUAGACUACACUCAGACUCCCACCUAACUAUAACAACCUGAAAAUAAGCCAAAUAUGUCGGGACCUUAUGUCUUCACGCUUAAUACCAAAAUUAUCUCCGUUUAAAGCCUAACUUACAUUGUUUGAACAUGUGCUUGGGAAGUCUGUAAUAGAACGCUUUAUUAUUUCAAGGUGCAGCUAAUCUUUAGUUAUUUAGUUACUCGAAACUCGUUUGCAUGAUUUGUAAUAAGCACUUAAUACUAUCUUUUAUCAUUAAAAUAUCUUGUAGAUUCAAGAUUUCUAGAAUUUCAUGAUUUUUCGACACCGAAACUCUGGAAUGAUUACUAAACAAAGCGAGCAGAGUUCGCCUAGGCCGCUUACGCACGUUGGCCGCCCAAGCGGUACGUAUUGCCUGACGCGGUUGCCAUAGCGGUUGUGUCGCUGUCAACUUUUGCCAAACCGCUGUGCUUUGUCGUUUCAAUGAAGUUAACGGAGGCCCUAUCCUCCUCCCUUCUCCUAUAAAACAAGGGGGAAAAGUACACUUAACUCCUUUGUUUAACGGAUACUAACGGGUGUCCAUAGGCGGUGCCAAUUGCUUACCACCAAGUGAUCGGUGAAUUCUUGCCUACCUUCUCUCUUAAAAAAGACAAGUAUAAAACCUUCAGGCAGAAUUUGCAUCGACCUUCCAAACAAUAUGUCUACAUAGUUAAUAGUGAAUUUGAUAUAACAUUGUGUUUAUAGACACUUCAUUAAGACCCUUACAAGCUUCAAAGAGCACGUGAAGUUGUAUGUCUCGUGGCUUCCAUUCAAGCAAUCUUGCACUUUAUAACACUAAAAAUAAAGUGUCAAAUACAAAGUUAUUAGAGAAUGCCGCGCUUCACGUUCCCCGCAGUCUGCGCAGACCCGCUGAGGUAAAUCAGCGUUGUUUUGUACAUUUUUUCUCUUUCAAAGGACUUAUGACUACGUGUGGCUAUCACACGGAUCCUUUUGGGGUGUACCAACUUGACUGAACGUACACGUGUAACUUCAAAGAACAUUGUUAUACGUAUACUGACCUACCUAAGUACAUUUUAAGAGGCUACAAUUUUUACCGGGAUAUACGACUAGUCAAACGCAAUGAACGCAGUGACGUCACUCAAUUAAAAUGUUUGUUGUUCAUCAGUCAUCACACAUAAAGUGAGAUAACGUAAUCUAAUGUCCGCGUUCUAAUUGCCUGUUGAUAUGUUUUAAAUGAAAAGUUUCUUACAUUCAUUUUUCCCCAAACACGGCAUGUAAUAGUUUCGGGAAUAAUUUCCAUCCGAUCGAGUAAAUGCCAUUGGCUUUGGAUAUUAGUGGAAAGGGCAUAUUUUAAUAUUUUUGAUGAAGUGAGCGAACUAAGGCAGGUGCGUUAUUACAAAAAUAGUCAAAGGCUAUUGAUAUCUUAGUCAUGUAAUCAAGUCUACAUCUCUACUAUCUUGAGUGCUUUCCGCUGCAGAGAUUGCUUCUAUCCUCCUUCCUUUGAUACGGCUUCCCUUUGUGCAGCUCAAUCCUAGAGCCGUUCGAUCGCCUGCCCUGAAUAGAUUGUCUAUUACAGACCGUCUAUUGAUAUCUUGAUCACUAUGACACACCAUAUUGUACAAUAUACUCGAACGCGUGCUUAUUGUAGCUACACACCUAAUGUUCUCUGAAUAAUUAAACGUAAAUCGUAACCCAAACUUGUGAAAUGUAUUUAAAAUUUAUCUACUCGAAAAGUAAGUCACUCUGACGCUUAAUUGAGGUAGGUACUAUCUCGACUUAAGCGAAUUACGAACAAAAGGCAACAUUCUGUUUAAUACUUUAAGCUGUGUAAGUCACAAAAUGUGUGGCAACCACUCGUGUGCGCCGUAUCGCAUUCAAUCAACCCACUUAAUCUAUUUGUGUGAUAACAUACACAAUACGCCAACACGUCUGCUUCAGAUAUCCGUUUAUUAGAACAGACCGCGGUUGCAAGCUCGCGUUAACUGGACAGACAUUCCCGUACAGGUGGAACCCGCUCGCAAAUCGCUGUGCCAAUGUAGUUAUGUCGCUCUUGAUACGUAAAAUUUAUUGUAAUUGUGUAUCCGCUGAAUUUUCAUAAGUUCUGACACGACCAUAGUUUUAAUUGUACAAAUCUUGUGACUAUGACAAGUUUAUACAAAAUUUUAUUUUCCCAUAAAUGUAUGUAUAUUGUCUUCCAGGAUUAUGUUUGACAUAUUUACCGGUGUUUCAUGUAAUAUUAUAGUGUACCUAUUCUUUGUAUUGAAUUAUCGUUUUCUACUGUUAAACUAUUGUUUGCUAAAAGAUGAACUACUAUUAACCCUUAGUGAGUCGUCCUUUAGCUAAGAAUGUUUAUCUAUGACUUAAUAUCUAUAACUGAAUCAUGACGUCUGCUAAAGUUCAAAGAUGUACUGAAUAUUUUCUGAUCUGUGUGUAGGUUGAGUAAAAGAUCAAUAUUAUACAAAUUAAAUUAAUUCUUGUGAUUUUCAAAUGGAAUAUACAUAUAUACAGAUUAAAUGCCAUUUUAUACAGACACGAUUGAACGAAAUAUAUUUGAUUAAUUAUUAGAGUUAAACUUGAAAGAGAAACUAUAAGCAAUAAUAUGUGAACCCCGCGACCUCGUACUAAAUAUAAGUGGAGCAGCCACUAGUAGCGCGGCUCCUGGUGGCUCCUGGUGGCUCCUGGUGGCUCCUGGUGGCUCCUGGACAAUGUAUAGAGAUGUUUGUUUAAGCACAUGUCUGUGUUUUGGUACUUAAACAAAUUAGUGCCGUUGAGGUUAUCAGGACUCGCUCCAAGAUACUUACGUCUCUUGCCUUACAUCUGUUAUACACUCAAGAUUCCUUGCCAUUUUUACAUUGAUAUAGUAAUACGUUAUUAUUUCACUACAGGUUCUAUUGUAAUUCACUCCAUAGUGAAUUAACCCUGACGCUGUGUAAUGUGUGCACAAUUGUCAGGUCCACCAUUUUGUAUUCCCAUUUUACUGUGAUCUUCUGUAUUUAUCUGUUAGACGAAUAGGAUUGCCUUCAUGCCACGAUCACACCAAUUCAUAGUAGAUACUUAUAAAUUAUUAAGUACAUAAAUAUAUAGAAAUUUUAUAUCUUCUUACUUAUACAAAAUUGUUCAUGAAUUUUUAACAUUCAAGAUACAGUCUUGCCACUUGGUGCAGCUGAUGUAUAUUUUACCGACGAUUAUAAUGAAAGAUAAGCAAUAAGAAAUAUUUAUAUAAAUACAAAGCGAAUAUAAAAAUUCAUGAAUAUUAUUGCUCAGACUGUCACACGCCAUUCUCAUAGAACACCUAGUUUUUAUACACGAACCAUAGUUAUUGCCAAUAACAUAUACCUGACGGGAGAUAGAGAUGUUUAGCUGUAGCGGUGAUGUGUGACAACCUGGUCAAUGCACCAUAACACCAAACCCAUUCAAUAGAGUUAUAAUAAUCUAAUGAAAUUAACAUUUAUUUACUAAUACUUAAAAUCUAGCUAGUAUAAUGAAGAAUAUAGUAAGAGUUUUGAUACGUUGGACAAACAAUCUGAACAAGUCCAGUAUUUGAAAGAUAGUUUAACAAACUUUUAAAAUGGCAGUGUUUAUGCAAAUUGCGAAUAAAAUACUGGUCCUUUUACCUUUGGGCCAAUUUAUUCGUCGUUUGUGUUAUGGAAAAUGAACCUAAUUGUUUACAUUAUAAGAUGUAUAUUAUACCUGAUGAAACUGUAUUCGUUAAAGCAAUAAUAAGCCUCGAUUAGACAGUGAUGUCCGACAGGCCGACAGGUAACAACCUCCGUCUUGAAACGUGUUCUGUCACAAAUUUAUUUUGUUAUUGGUUUACGCAAACAUUCUGGAUUUUACAUGUUCGAACAAUUUUUUUUGUGAAACCAUUUUGCUAUUGAAGCAAUUAAAAAUACAGUACAUCGACAGCUUUCAACUUGAAAUUGUUUACUUAGUAAAGCCUGAUAAUACAAAAUGUGCCUCGUCUAUUUAAACACUCGUGCUCGAGGUUAAUGAUGUUUUCAAAGCGAGUCAUUUCAAUCCCAUUAAAUACAAACACAUCAUAACGCAACUCUGUGUACGUGUAUGCACUGUCGAUUUUAUUGGUUUUUUAAUUCAUCGAUUAGAAACAAGGACGUGUGAAAUCCAUCAAUGUAACCAAUGCGAAAACCAGUAACGACAUUUUCCAGUGUGAUACACUGCAGCCCAAAUACUCGGAUGCCAUUCAACUUUAACAUGUUCGUGGAAGUGUUCAAUCCUUACAACACAUUGAAUGAUAAAGACAGUAUGAAUCAUUAAUUCAAUGUAAAAUUGAGUAGCAUCAGUAUUCGGGGGUCACAUAAACAAAUAGUUAUUUAAUGCUAUGCAGAUCAAAUUAGGAAUAAUUUUUGUCAGAUACAAUCGGAAUAGGAACCGUAGUAACACCAAUCAUAGCCUAAUUAAUUAUAACAUAGAGUGAUGUUAGAUUUUAUUUAUAAGUAUUCUUUUUAUAUAGAUUAAGCGGGCGUGCGGUUAGGGCAGGUUUGUUCCCGCCUCGAGUAUAUUUUGAUCACCGCGCGCCCGUCUCGUAUACAGAGAUAGUAUAAAUUAGCGCAGUUUUAAAUCUUUACUAUGAAUCAGUAUAGGUGAAUGAAACAAUGAAGUGUAAGCUUGGCUAUAAUUUAUGUAAUAAACUAUUGAUAUUUA